GUGCUCGAAUGGGUUUUAUCUUUUUACAUAGUUUAUAUGCGACAGACUUCGACCCGAAAUUAUUAACAAAUUCGGUUGGCGAAGAGAUAUAAACACUGAAGCGCGCAUGUCUGACUUAGUUUACAGGUGGUGGUUAUUUACCGAUAAGUUUGAACUGUUUUAAUCUAAAAGCGUGACAGUUUAUUUUAAGUCCGGUCCUUACUCUGAAUGCUCAGUGUAUAUGGUUUCAACUAAAAAAUAAAUUGCCACACUUAAUUAUUUAAGUACUGUGAUUAUAAUUUUGGUUUAUGGAUGCACGCUCGUGUACCUAAUGAAAUACGAAAUAAUCUGCUUAUAAUUACAAGAUUUGCAAAUAUAUAAUGUUUGUGCACUAAAGGUGGUUUUAUUCUUAUUUAAGACAGCCAACAAGUCAAACUAGAUUUAAAGUAGUUUUAAAAUACUUCCAGAUGUAUCCAACGUCUGUGAAACUAGUGAUAUGGACCGUUAAAGCGUUCCUCGAGGUAAUCUACGCCCCGCUUUUCCUCAUCCGCCUGUUCAAAAAGCCGCGAAAAUGCCCCCCAAUCACCAACAAACUCCUCCUUUUGCCGGCAACGGAAUUAGCCAAACGCAUCCGCAAAAAACAGAUCCCCAGCACGGAAGUUGUCAAAGCUUACAUCGCCCGAAUCGAAGAAGUCAACCCUAUCAUCAACGCCGUUCUGGAAGCUCGAUUCGAAAGAGCGCUCCAAGAGGCGAAGCAAGUCGAUAAAUUGCUGCAAGAGACCGAUCUCAGCGAGGAGCAGUUGGAAGAAAAAUUUCCCCUGCUAGGCGUCCCGAUCAGUAUUAAGGGGAGCAUCGCUGUUGCAGGAAUGAUACAUAGUGCAGGGAGAGUCGAUCAUAAUGUGGUAGCGCCAAUCGAUGCAAUCCCUGUUAGGCACGUCAAAGGAGCGGGGGCUAUACCUCUGCUCACAUCUAACGUUCCGGAGCUUUGCAUGAACUGGGAGACCAAAAAUAAGAGGAUCGGGAGGACGGCAAACCCUUACAACAGCGGCAGGACCUGCGGAGGCUCCUCCGGAGGAGAAGCGAGCCUUAUCGGCUGUGGGGCCUCUCUCCUAGGCCUGGGCUCUGACAUAGCCGGCUCAUUGCGAUUACCAGCGCAUUAUUGCGGCGUCUGGGGGCACAAGCCUAGCCCUCACGUCGUUUCCUCCGAGGGCCAUUACCCCGAUUGUAAAAACAAAGAAGAAUGGAACAAAGUUUUCACGAUAGGACCUAUGGCAAGAUACGCCUCUGACUUGAAAAUUCUCUUGAACAUUGUUGCAGAACCUGACGCUCGAAAUUUGCUCAAAUUAAACGAAACGGUAGAUGUUAAGAAAAUUAAAAUCUAUUAUAUGGAAGAAGUGAAGUCUCCACUACCGAAUCGACUCAAUUCCGCCGUGAUCAGCGCUAUCGAGAGAGUUCGGACGCAUUUCGACAUUCUCUGUGAUUCAAAUUGCACGAAAGUUGAUUUUCCACGAAUGAAGCACUGCACCGAGGCGUCUUAUCUGCGACUGUUGAAUAUCGAAGACGUUGAUAACAUUUUUGAGGGCAGCAGAGGCGAUGGCGUUUACUUGGAGAUACUCCGGUAUUUAGUUUGCCAAUCGAAACACGAAUUCACUUCAAUCGGCUAUGGUUUUCUGCGCCGCAACAUCCACUUAAUCCCCCCGAAAAUCAUGAAUAAAAUUUACAAAUAUCUAGACGAUUUGCGUAACGACUUUCUCAAGAUUUUGAAGGACAACGCCGUUGUGAUCCUCCCAACGUGCCCCUGCGAAGCCACUCACCAUGGCGACGUCCUCCGAAAAAUUUUCAAUCCGGGCUAUUUAUCGAUUUUUAACGCUUUGGGCUUCCCAGUGACGAAUUGUCCAGUCGGGUUUAAUAAAAACGGAUUACCGAUCGGGAUACAAGUCGUGGCAGCUCCGAAUUGUGAUAGAUUGACGCUGGCCGUGGCAGAAGAGUUGGAAAAAGCCUUCGGUGGAUGGAAAUUCAAUUAAUUGUACAGAGAAUAAGACUUGAAAUAUACAAAUUAUCUUGUUAA